UAGUUGAUGCUUCAUGACGUCAUCUCCUAGGCGACAUUCCGUAAAUAUGGCGUUGAGAUUGAGUGGACGUUUGGAAUGUGUGCAUCGAAAAAACUGAUUGUGGAAAAGCUCUUAUUAAAUUGAAGAAAUGGCACCAACUGGUACCCAGGGGGAGACACGCAUCUCAGACUCCAUCGGUGCCCACCAAGCGCAUCACCCCGAUCGUACCAAGUAUAACCGAUCGUCCAGCGAUGCCAUCAGUUAUGAGGACUUGCUGGUGGCACAGUACCUGGAAGGGCUCAAGAAGGCUGAGGCAGCUGGCUCCAGGAGAAGGUUAAACAGGCCUUCCAAGCCGGCCUCCCCUUACAUGCAAAAGUUUGCCCGCAGCGAUCAAGCUGCUGUUACCACCACCAGCGCCAUGCAGGCCCUACCCAGAACACGUGGCGGCGGCAGCAGCAGGCCAUACUCCGCGGCACCGGCCGGCCGCAGCUCGGCCCGGGAACGCAAACGCAUCGACGUGAAGUUCGUGAUGGAUGGCGGGGAAGAGGCGGAGGAGGGGGAGGAGCCUAGAGAUCUGAGGAGGGAGGGCGGCAGAACGAAGUCCAAGCUGCGACCGAUGAGUGCACCGGUGUAUAAAACAAAGAGGCCUUGGAGCGGCAAGUCAGCCUCCUCCACAGCCACAGUCUCCCAGCGAUCCCGACGAAACAAGGCACUGUACCGGCUGCAACCCCAGGUCAUCCGAGCUACCGUCUACAAGAACGGUACCCAGACUGACGCGGUCAGAGUCACUGCACACUCCAUGAAAACGUUUCUGGAAGCCUGCACAAUAAAACUGAGCCUGCAGUUUGCCGCUCGGCGGAUUUUCUUGCCGGACGGGACGGAAGUGAAGUACCCAGAGGAGAUCCCCAAGGAUUCUGAAGUGUUUAUUUCAUGUGGGGAGCCGUACAGAGACCCUACCUCCAAUGUAAAAGAUGAUGCUCACAAGAAACUGUACGCAAACUGGACGAUGAACGGGGUGGUGCUUCCGGCUGAAACAAAAAAGAAACCAAAGUCUACACUGUCUAAGAGAAUGAGGAAAAUGUUGGAGUCCAAAAUGCGGAGGGUCAUGAUUUUCCGCAACGGGGACGGCACCGAGAUGUUUGAGACCACGGCCUCGGCUGAGAAUUUCGGCAGGUUUCUUGAUGACUGCACGUCACGUCUUGGGCUGACUGUCCCAGCUAGGAUCAUCUAUUCCUGGACAGGCUCAGAAGUGACUGAUCUGAACGAUGUACCCUUAUUGGAUCGCUGUCUGCAGACCAGCACCACCCCUCUCUACGGCCCUGUCUGGAUCUCCAAGGGGGAAAGAUUCAGCCCAAAAGGGGUCAAAGCCUUUCUGGAGACCACCAUCAGACACUGCAAACAGAAGCUGCAGGCCGCCAACAGUUACAAGAAGCAGCUGCAGUACGGCCUGGCUGGGGAGACCCAGCAAGUCAACGUGAUUGAGAUACUGUCCAAGACUGAACAGGAACUGGAGAAAGAACUACAGGAGACUGAGGAAGGCAUUGAUGAGUUCACCGAGGCCAAACGGAAGCUGCAAGACAUCUUGGAUGAGAUAUCAGAAUCGGUCGUGGAAGAAGAGGGUGCUGGAAGCACGUACACCAUGAAACACAUCAAAGAGUUUGACUCAUCACAUCGGCUGGUGGGCCAGCAAGGCAUCAGGCUGAAGGUGUAUGAAAAUGGUCAAGGUGAUGGGGAAGAGACGGUAUUCUUCAACUUGAAAGAAGCAUCCAAAGGCGUCGGCAACGACCACAAUCUACUGCUGCAGAGGUUACUGGAUGUGCUGACUCGCUGGGCCCGCGUGGAGAAGAACACUACAGCCCUGAGCACCGUGGUCACCAAGAUCUUUGACCGAGAGGGCAAGGAGAUCACCGACGUCUACUCCCUCAAGACGGACCAAGAAGUCUGGAUUUCAUUUGGAGAGCCGUUCAGAGAUCCGAAUGUGUACUGUCUGCAGCUGACUUUUGACAAGGUGCAAGGCCUGGAUCUGUAUGGGGAGAGGAAUGUAGCAGUCAGGGAACCACUCAACUCUGACGACAUCCCGAAGGGAGAGGAAAGACCAAGCCAUUGGGAGGCCACCAUAAGUUUUCCUCUCAUCUAUGACUACGAGGAAGUGACCUAUGACCUUCCGAAGGAGGUACAGGAUCAGAAACGUCUGGCCGUGGAGAAACGUGAGCUGGAUAUUACUGGACACUUCUUACAACACAAGGAUGAUCCCAGCAAAGUGUUGUACUGUGAGUUAGCUUUACAACCCAAGAAGAAGCAAGGCAGUCGUGAUGUCUGGCCACCCAGAUCACAGACCUGGGUCAUUAAUAAGAGAGGUCAGAUAUACUGCCGGUCCAUGCCGCAGCUAGCCCUAGCUGUCAUUGAGAAGUGGCGAGUGGAUAAACAGUUCGCUGAUGGGGAAACACCUGCGCAGGGCUUGGCUGUGGGACUAGAGAAAAGACAACAAGGCAACCCUUACCAACAGUGGGUGUUCAGCGAAGAUGGCUUCAUUUAUGCUACGGCUGAACCGGAUCUGGUGCUGACGUACAUCGAGGCCAAGGCGCAAGAUGACGAUGUGGUCGCCAUGGAGAUGAUGAUGGCUUUUGGCCAGCAGCAACCCCCGGACCAGCAGGCCCACAGCAGCUCGUCGGAUCCGUAUGGCGAGGAUCCAGACUUUGAGUCCAACGGGGAGGAGAAUGCGGACGGAGGGGAGAAGAAAGAUGAGUCUAAGACGGAGAAAGAUGCGUAUCCGGGUCAGGUGUACGCGAUGGCUGUCAUUCCAAGGUUACCGGCCAGACACCCUUGGGCCAAAGCUCAAAGAUGGGCCAUGAAGCAAGAGAGACUGGACAACCUGGGCCAGUGGAAACACACCAAAGCCCAGAACCCGCUGUGGAACAAGCUGGCCUACUCCUGGCCAGUCAACAGCCGGGGGGAAUGGAACGAGGACUGUGAUUGGCCCAUGGAGGGCUACUUCAUCCCCUAUGCCCCGCCCAUUAAGAAGAUGACUCGCAAGCCGAGCGCCUCAGAGGCCGAGGCCACCUACGGCAGCGAACAGAAGGAAUCGCCAGUCCGAACUGUCCCAUUGAGGCUGAGAGUUCUGAAGAAUGGGGAGAGGGACACUCACAGGCAGGCCUUCGUCGUGGGACCAGACCUCACAAAUAUGAUGAGGGACCUGAAUCGGACCGCGCUGAACGGCAAGCGGCCCCACCGUCGCAGCCAGUCACGGGAGAAGAGCCUGGAGCAACUGGAGCAAGAGAUGGCACAGAAGAAGCAGGCUAAGAAAGAUGAACUGAAGGCACUGGAGUUCCAACUGUUCUUGGAUCGCUGCACGGCCCUGCUGAACCUGCCUUUCGCAGCCCGCCGCCUCUUUGACCAGGACGGCCGGGAACACGAUACCUUGGACCAUCUCCAGCGCGACCAGCUGGCCUUUGUGUCCUGCGGGGAGGCCUGGAACGACCCGAACCUCUCCGGUCAGGAGCAGCAGCGACGGACGAUACUAGCCACGCUGGCUGCCGACGUCAAUGCCAUGAAGCAGUACUGCGCACUGCGCAACCCUAUGAAUAUGGUUAUAGAAGUGGAAGGCCCUCUGGCUGCAGGGAGCCCUCUUGUGGUCAACCCGAUUGCAGUGUCACCCGAGGAGAGGCAGCACAUCCUGCGAGGUCCCACACCGGAGGCAGAGCUUGAGGAAGAGGGUGAGACAGACGGCAACAUGUAUGCAAAUUUGAGUUCCCAUGAGCGAGCCCACAUUGCGUCGGACCAGCGGGCAGAAGGGCUGAAGUGGCCCUGGGAACGAGUCCUGAACGUCAGCCUGGAUCAGGUCAUGGAGGUCAACCAGGGGUCAACCAGCGACGAGGCGGCGUUCUCCAAUGCCGACCUCUACAGGAAAUUCAAGCCCAAGCAACCCAAGAGCCCUCGCAGUACCCGUUUAUCCCACCAGCGUUUUGUCUUUGCCGACGGCUUCCUAGCCGUCCAGACAGCCCCGUACCUGGUGGUGGGGCUGGAGCAGCCCGAGCUGGAGCUGUCCCGGGUGGUAUUGUGCAAGAAGAGCACGGAGGACGCCUCACAGCGAUGGGAGGCCGAUACGCAGGGGUUCGUCCGUUCCAAGUUGAACCCAGACCUGGUCCUGGGAGCUCAGAUGCCCAGCACGGCAUCAGACGAUGAUGCCGCUGCCCCCAGCAGCAGCUUCUGUGGCCAGCCGGUCACCCUGCAGCACCAGCGGACGGUCCGCUACGGCACGGCCAACCAGAAGUGGUCGUUUGAGAAGGAGACGGGGUUUGUGGAUGCGUUUGCUGCAGACAUCAAGGACAAAGAAAUUACAGCAGCCAAUAAGGCCAGUGUAUGUACCUUUGCAGUAUGCGGAGAAACUCCCCUUCAACAGACGGGCUUUGCUGUUACGGGUGUCAAAUCAGCUGACCCUGUCAUCGUGUGCGCUGCCUGCGCUCGCUCCAUGAGAGCCAAUCACAGACUACGGAAGCUAGAAGACGCGACGGAAUUCGUCUGCGCAGUGGGCCUCGCUCCAAAGCGCAACGUCAAGAUGAUGGGAUGUUUCCAGUGUCUGAAUGGAAAGGUGGACCUGUCCACGUUCGAGGCAUCCAACACCGUCACCCAGUAUGACAAGGAACUCAAGAGACUGCGACAGAUGUCCAGCGCUCGCAUCAUUGCCAGGGAGAUAUCCGCCUACCAGACGGUGCAGAUGGUGAAAAUACUAGCCCACCGCAACGGGGAUGGGCGGAGCACGGAGGGCGUGGUCAUGAACGGAUCGACAGUCAGGGGGUUGUUGGACCAGUGUACCUACAACCUGCAGCUGUCCACAGCAGCACGGCGACUGUACACGCAAGAUGGUACGCUCAUCCUCACAGUAUCGGAUCUCAUACAGUGGAACCUAGCAUGCUAUGGAAUGGCUGGGAUGGACAUCAACGAACAAGCAGAAGACGAGAAAGACAAGACAGCUGACAAGCGGCAAGAUUCCUCCUCAGAGCUGAAGGUGUCUUCUGUGCUUCGCAUCCCCGUUGAGGUCUGGGUCUCGUGCGGAGAGCAGUUUGUCAGGCCAGAACACGUUGACUACAAAAGGAAGCUUCUGCUUCAGCAGAGAGAGGAACGUGCUGGAGUCGUCCUGGAACUUGAAAAAGAGAAGCACGUCUUACGCCAGAUGCAAGGACGAAGAACUAAUGGCAUGGAGGGGCCACAGUACAUCAGCACCCUUAGCCCAGACGCCCCCGUGAUGGUGGAAGGGGGCUGGACCCAGCCCAGCAUGGGCGAGGUCAAGAGGUCGCUGGUGGUACACCAGCUGGAGAAUCACCUGCAAGAGGUCAAAGGUCAGCAAAAACAACAGGCGGGCAAUCACGUUGCCACCAGGCCGGUGAUUGACGGCAGCAAGAAGCUCUACAGCCAGCCGAAUUUGAAGCGUGUCAAGGUGUACAAGAACGGAGAGCCUCCCGACAAGCACACCUUCGCCUGGGGCUCCUCCAUGUCCGAGAUCCUGCAGGACGGCACGGCCAGGCUGGACAUGCGCAAAGCAGCAGCGCAGAUCUACACGGCCGAUGGCCAGAGAGUGACCGACUUUGGCGAGAUCAAAAGGGAUCAGCUGCUCUGCCUGUCACAUGGCGAUCACUUCAAGGGAUCCAAAGGGAGUCGUAAUCAGGUGGAGGUCAAGGCAAACUGGUCGAGGGCCAGAAAGAAGGAUGGUCCACAAGCCACUGACAUCAUGGUGACCUCCAACAAACACCCUGCAGUCAGGGUUGAUCCGUUUGGGCCGCCAUCUCUGGCUCUGACGGCUUCUCCAACUGAAGACUGAUCAUUAAGGUUAAGGAAAUAAAGGUUUGCCCAGACGAGCCUCUAAGCCCGCAGUUAAUUGGACACUAGUAUUAAGUGGAUCAAUCAGACAGCAGUCUCUAUGGACCAAUGAGUGUCACUUUGGCUGGUAACCUGGGUUUUUUUGUAAUAUUUUGGCAAGGCAAACAUUUACUGUGAAUUGCACAGUUCUGUUCUUAGCAGCUUCACAACAUUUUGCCACGGUCAUGACAAAUCCAUCACAAGUCAUAAUAAUAAAAUGUGUCGUCUAUAUAACGUUUUCCACCAAAGCUAAGUCGCAAAGCACUUCACAGUUGCAAGUAUUACCCCUGUUCAUCAGGCCAUGAGACCACUCAGACCGAGCAUUCCUUUUGUUCGUACCUAUUGUUUGAGAUUCAACUAGUCAGUGGACAUGUCGUUGACUCAGUUUAAUACUUUGCUUUGCCUGCUUUAAACAAAAUUUGAAAGCUGUGCAUUUUGUUUUCUAUCUGGGCCAUCCUAUAAAUUUAGGAGUCAAAGUGUGACAUUUUCCUGUCCCUGUUACCUCUGACCUUUAUAAUUAGCCAUUCAAGUAUUAUUAAGAACGACUUCAAACAGAAGUUAUUUGUUGGGUAGGUAGUUUGCUAUUCGUAAUCACUCUCUUGAAGGACGACUGCAUUAAAGAGUGCAUCAGAAUUAUAAGAUCAUCAACGUCAGAUGUAACAGGGACAGGAAAAAAAGUGGACCCAAGUUAAUAUAAUGACCCAACUGCAACCAGCUUUGCCAUCUCCAUGUGAUUGGCCUGCUCCCUUUGGUGGAUGUGAAUUAAAAGUCAGCAUUAUAUUUCAGAUGCAAUUCGCUUGCUGUAGAUAUCUUUCCUAAUCAUUUUUUACGGUUUCUGUCCGUCUUGUUUCAGUCAUGGACACAUAGUAAACUCACCGAUAUGUAUAUUUCGUAUUUCGGAUGCAAACAUUUCAAAGUCAAGCAAUGUCCGUGUGAAGAGUCAAAUGAAUAAGCCUCUGUACUAAUGACAUCACACUUUGUUUACGUGUGUGCAUUCCUAUGGUGCUCAGUGGACCGUGGGCCCCCACUGGCUCCAUAGGAAAGUGCACAUGUAAACAAAGUUGGACGUCAUUACUACAGAGGCUUAUUGUAAAUAUUGUAAUUAUUGGCAGCAUUGCUUCGUCUUGAAUGUCCACACUUUCAGGCUAGUGCAGUUUUGAUUUAUUCAGGCAACAAACAAAAUCCAGAGAAACUAGGAUGAAAAUGUCCUUGUUUCGUGUGGACUUCUGUUUAUUUGAUCAUCGUGGUACCCCAGAGUGACCUGAAAUGUGCCCAGUCUGGUUAUUAUGACAAAAGAACUAAUUGUUUGGAAAUGGGACUCGUGUUAUCACUUCUCAAGCAUUUUUGUAAAUUAAAAUGAAGCAUUAUUAAUUAAAAUUCCAAGCCUGGUCACGUGAUGGGUCACGUGAGGGCCUCAACAACACCAGUUGAUAAAGACACUGUGCUAGUGUGGCAAGCUCCUGAUCUCUGUAACUGAGCUCUGUAACUCAAGUCCCAAAAAGGUAUCUUUCAUUUACAUAAAUUUGUCAGUAUUUCAAGCUGUGGAACUAGGCAUUACAUUUUUAGCAGAUUUAUAGUAUUAGUUGUGUUAGGUCGAUUAAUGCAAAAUUGUUUAGUGCGGACUGCUGCAAUACCUGUAUAUAUUUUAAAUAAAUUUGUCAAAUAGCUCUUGGAGCUUCUGGUGUAGAUACUAUUUUUCAAAUCGAUUAAAGAUACAGUAAGGUUAUUUUGUGGAUUCUGAAGUAAAAAAAAAAAUGUUCAUUUGUUUCCCUAACUACUUAUGAGGGGUAUGUUACUUAGUUUUUCUGAAAUCAGUCAUGAGUAGCUUAAAAGCUUUGUUUUUCUUUUUAUAAAACGUCUAAUUCCUUUUUCUCUCACCAAUUUUCGUGAAAUAAAAGUAGAGAUAUAAAAAACGAAGAUA